AGAAGUCCCAUAGACAGGGGAGAGAAAUCCAGUUUACCUGUCGGGGUCUUUCAUGUCACAUUUCUGACCCCUGUCUCUCUCAAUAACCUGGAAAAACUGAAAUGCAAUGGAAAUCCACGCUGUCAGAGCCACAACCUCCCUGCUGCUGCUUCUGAAUCUCAGAAUGAAGAAGAACUGAGGGGAAGAGACAGAAAAGGUUCAUUUAUAUCCGCAUAAGGAAGUGAAGGGGAGAUGAAGACAACAGCUGGGGGGAGGACAGAAGAUUUAUAAUUACACUGUUAGUGGUUUUCUCUUUGAGGGAAAGGCAAAAACAGAGAGGAGAGAAAAGGGGGGAGAAAGUAGAAAGCAGAGAGGAGGAAGAAGAAGAGGCAGAGGAGAGGAGUUACCACACUCCUGAUUGGAUCUUUGCAGUACUGAGAUGGGAGUCAUGAGAUGUGAACUCCACUGAGCUCUGCAGGAGAGAAUAAUAAACUCAAGUCACUGUGAAAUCAAAUGUGUUCCAACAGCAGGAAGCACAAAUAUGGAGGUGAAGGCGGUGUCCCAGGAGAUGGCGAUGCUCAGCAACAUCCUGGCUGCUUACACCUUUAUAGCCGACCAGCCCGAGAGGACAGCACUAGUGUUUCUCGGUGGUGUGUGUGUUGGCCUUCUUGUCACACUCUGCGCCAUCGUCUUCCAGAUCCACUGUCGAGCAGACUGCCACUACGGCAACAGUAACCAUCGCCACAGGAACAGGGCUCAUCGACAUUACAGCUGUCCCCUCCAUCAGCACAGUGACGGUAAUCCAGACAGCACCGCUGUUGUUGCAGCUGCAGGAACCGGGCGAGCUGGGGACAGUGAGACAGAGGACUAUGACCCGGCUGAUCUAUCAGCACGACGACGCAGACACUUUGAGAGAGCUCUGCUCCAUGCCACCAUGUUCACAUCAGCUGAGGAGCUGGACCGGACCCAGAGACUUGAGGAGCGGGAGAGGAUUCUCCAAGAGAUCUGGAUGAACAGACAAUCAGACAUCAGUACAAUCACUCAGAGCCUCAACAGAUAUUACUGACAGAAAAAGUCACGGCCAGACAGGUGGAUGAAUUACCAGGGAAACUGAUGAAUCAGCACUGUAUAAACUGAGCACAAACCAUCAGCUCAUAGCUUCAAGUAUUAUCAGACAGUUUACACUGCACCAAACUAUUAUGUACUGUGCUGCCUUGUGCAGUUCCCCCAGGUGCAAACAAAGUUGUGAUGACUCAGGCCUCUAUGGCAGGGGUUUUCAACCAGAGGUCCGCGUCCCCCUCAUGGUGUGUGAAGGUAUUGCAAGUGGUUUCAAUUAUGUA